GUAUUGGAGCUGACGCCUAGUUGGAUCAACAUCUCUCUGGAACUUCUGCGCACACUAAAACACGUGCCGCUGCCAGGAACAAACAACUGGUGCCGCUUCACUCAUCUCUGCGCUGCUUCCACCGCUUCGCGCUGCUACAAAAGCAACAGCAUGCUUCCGCUUCCGAGGAAGUACAGCUACCGCGUGCCACCUGCCACAACAAUCCACCGUCCGCCGCUCCGACCUCCGAGCGUCCACCAUGGCGGACAACAUGGUGAACCCGCACGACAAGAUGCGGAGCCGGGACGUGAACAAGGUGGCCCGAGGGGAGCAGGCGCCGAGGCCGCCGCACGAGCUCGGCAGCGUGGCGGACUCGCCGCCGCCCCCGCCGAAUGGCGGCACCAUCGAGCUGCGCACCGCGCCGUGCGACUUCCGGUUCCCGACCACGAACCAGACGCGCCACUGCUACGUGCGCUACCUCGAGUACCACAGGUGUAUGAAGGCCAAGGAAGGUGACAAGUCGGAGUGCGAGAAGUUCCAGCGUUACUACAGAUCUCUUUGCCCCACGGAUUGGGUCGUCGAGUGGAACCGGCAGAGGGAGGAAGGGAUAUUCCCAGGACCCAUCUGAUAUCAGCAGCGAUGUGU